AUGUCAAAAGUAAUAGGAGUUAAAAUAUCUGACGGAAGUGAUGUUGGCUUCAGUGAUGUUAAUGACGAUGAAAUUAAACUUUACUUACAACUUCUUUCACCGUACUACUCAUUAACCGCUCAGGCAUGCGCUGUUGAAUAUUUCCGACGUCUACUGAUUCAGGAUCACGUCCCACCGUUAUCUAUCGCAGAUACACUCAUUAAGGGCCUCAUUCGAUGUCUGCGAGUGAACUUUGCCAAUAUUCAAAGAGAUGCUGCCUGGGCUCUUACUAACUGUGCCUGUUCACCGCAUGAAAUAUGCUAUAAAAUAAUUCAAUACCUUAUUAACUUAUUAAUUGAUUUUGUUUGUAAGGGUGGCUUAGAAGCAUUAGUUGAGUGUGCCGAAAUGACAGAUGGUGAAACUCGAGACCAGGUUUUCUGGACAUUUGGUAACAUCGCAUUGGAUUGUCCGAUUUGUCAAGGAAAGGUACGGGAGAGUGCUGCACUGCCGCUUAUGAUCGGAGUUCUUAUUAGUCCCACGUUCGCUCACUCGAAAUGGAAACGAAAUCUUAUCUGGGCUAUGUCACAAAUAUUUCGUGGUGGUAUUCAGACACUCCAUCUUAUGUUUGUACAAUCAGCAUUAAUCGGUCUCCGUUCCUUACUUUAUUUGGAUGAUGCAAAACUAAAAGUGGACGCAGCUUGGGCAAUAGCAUAUAUUGCUGAUGAUCGUGUCGGUGGCGGACAGAUUGAUGCAGUACUGGCAACACCACGUUUGUUGGAGAGACUGAUCGAUUUGCUGGAUGAAAGUGACACGAUGCGCGCUGCACUACGAGCUCUCGGGAAUCUGGUGGCGGGAGGUGAUAAUCAAACUCAAACAGUUCUCAACGCUGGCUUGUUGCCACGCUUGAUGAAAUUAUUCCGACUUGACGUUCCGGUUAUUAAUAAACGUGAGAUGACGUGGAUUCUUAGUAACAUUGCGGCCGGUUCACACCGACAAAUUGAUUUACUCUUCGAAACAAAUGAUAUUGUCGAAACACUUAUCGAUGCAUUCGACUGCGAUGAUUAUCGCAUUCGCAAGGAAAUAGGCUGGACAGUUACAAAUGCUCUGACAGGUGCCAGUUUGAACCGAUCACGUUGGCUGUGUGGGAGUAAUGUGCUUAGUUUGGUGCCACAACUGCUUAAUCUGCAUAGUGAACGUGAUUUGAUCGACCGAACUCUCUAUGCUAUUGAAUUAUUGAUCGCAAAGCGGACUAACUAUAUUUUUAUAUUUGAAAAUUAUCAAAUCAUUCAAACUAUCCGUCAAAUUGUUCAAAAUCCAGAAAAUGAAUUUGAUGUUUUUAUUAAGGCACGAGCAAGUAGAAUAUUAAAUAAAGAAAGCGAUUAUAAAGCACAUCAAAUUCCAGCGAGAACCUAUAUAUUGGUCCGUUGA